UAUAAGCGGGCAGUAAAAAAAAGUCUGUCCCAUUAGUCGACGCUUUCGCAUUGUCAUUUAGUAAAAGAGUGCCAUUGCUAAGCUAUUUAGUCGGGUAGACCUUUGUGAUCAUCUCGACCAGUGUAUAACGUGAAGCUUAGCUAUGUAUGUGCCACAUAAGUGUCACAUGUAUUCAACUGUUCUCUAGCAAUUGGGUCUUUCGGGCACAGAAGACUUAUAUCCGCGCCAAUGCUACGUAUGUAUUGUAACAAGGGAUCAUGAAAAAGAAAAUACAUUUUUUAUUCAUAUCAAUCGACAAUCCAGCCUUUCUCUCCGAUUCUCAGUAUACGCCUAUCAAGUUCCACACCCGACGAAACGGCCAUAAGGAGCGGGCCGGAUUUUGUGGGUUUGUAGUUUUAGUUGUGGCCACAAAAGCUAUAAAAAUGCCGUUAGAGCAGCAAGCGCUGGGGGACAAGCGCGUGAAUAUCGACGAGCCAAGAUGGGACCAGUCUACAUACUGGGGUCGUGCCCAGCAUUUUUUCACUGUCACUAACCCACUGAAUCUGUUGUGUUCAAAUAAAGAACUUGAGCACAGCAAAGACGUUGUCACUCGAUACAGAAGUGGUGAAAAAAUGGAAGGCCUCACGCUUGAGGAGCUGUGGAAAUGCAAGCAUAUCUAUGACAGCGCGUAUCAUCCUGAAACAGGUGAAAAGGUAGUUUUGGUCGGGCGGAUGUCUGCCCAAGUUCCUAUGAACAUGAUGAUCACUGGCUGUAUGAUGGCGUUCUAUAAGACUACUCCUCAGGUCGUUUUCUGGCAAUGGGUGAACCAGAGCUUUAAUGCCGUUGUCAACUACUCAAACAGAUCGGGAAAAGAUCCGAUUCCUCAAUCUCAACUAGCGUUUUCAUACGUGCUGGCUACAUCGGGUGCUCUGGCUACUGCUCUUAGCCUCAACUCUCUUACACGACGCAUGCCCCCGAUUGUGGGACGUUUUGUGCCAUUUGCCGCUGUUGCGGCCGCCAACUGCGUUAACAUCCCAAUGAUGAGAAUGAGAGAGCUUCAAGAGGGGAUUACUGUGAUGUCGGAGGAUGACAAGGAGUUUGGCCAGUCCCCUACAGUAGCCAAGUAUGCCAUUUCAAUGGUAGUCCUUUCUAGAAUUGGUAUGGCCUCACCCGGAAUGAUGAUUCCUCCGAUCUUUAUGAAUGCCCUUGAAAAAAAAGGAUUCUUUGCACGAUAUCCAUGGGCCAAUGCACCGAUGUCUGUGAGUUUGGCAGGUCUUUGUCUUCUAUUUGCAACCCCCAUGUGCUGUGCUUUGUUCCCCCAGAAAGCUUCAGUAGCAGUGAGCUCCCUGGAGCCUGAACUUCAAAAAAAGAUUAAGAGCGAAACCGAUGGAAAAGUUCAGACGGUUUACUAUCAUAAAGGACUCUAAAAGUUCUGCAACAAGAAUAAAGUACGGUCUCCAACAGAUCUUCAAUCGAAAAAAAAAAGAAGGUAGACUCAGGAACGCCGGUCUGCAGCUUCUCCUGCCAAGCUUUUAAUGACCUAACCGCAUGUGGAUCCAUAAGAGUACGAGCUGAGUAGAAUUCUCUGCUAGCCAAUACGUCCCACGAUCUUCCAUUCGAAGUUGAUUUACUAGGUUGUGUAUGUGCUUCAUAAUUGGAAAAAGCGCGGAAGCGGCGAACUAAUGAACAGUUUAACUCAACUAUAUGCCUCAAGCCGUUGCCGUCAUAAUAAUGCGAAGAAGGCAUUUAUCUGAAUGUAAUUUAGUGCUUAGGUGCAAGAUGUAACGAUGCCCAGGAAAUGAAAGCUACCGGUUCGGAAGUUCAGUAACGGCUAGUAGGGAAACAUUCCGCUUUUCUUCACCGCAGGGACGUAUUGAAUUUCUGAUAAUGUGCACAUACGCAAUAUUGGCUGAGGACAAUAGCAGCUAUACUAACUUAAAUUUUUCAGAAAUUCAAGUAGGUGGCUGAAAAUGAACACUCACUAACAUGAUCGGAUAAAGAGACAUUAAGUAAAAUCAUGGAAAGUAGGCUGUUACGGACUGAAUUUGACGCAAAUUUUUCUGAUAAUGAUACACACAGUCCAAACAAUGCUUUACACAAAAAAUAUCUUGCAUCUAUACAUCCUUAUGCCUAAUGGACGCAAAACAUAUGGCAUGGCCAAUGGGUGCCACAAAGGAUAAGAUGUGAUCGUGUAAAUUCGAAGCCUCAUAAUAGUUGCACAAGUAUUUUUGUUAUAGGCAUAACAAUAGUAGUUAUAUCCACUUUACGCAAUCAUGCUUGCUGACAGAAUUCUAAAUCGAACGUUUUUAUCGGCUUUAUUUCAUGAAUAUUUAUGAAUUGUUUCAUUGAGAUGACGAUAACUAUGUAUAGUUACGGAAAUGGGAGUAUUAAAAUUACUUUUACAAUUAUUAGUAAUUGAAGUAAAUGUUGUAAAUUUGGAUAUAUAUAUAUAUAUAUAUAAGUCUGGAAAGGAAGAGGCAGGAGUAACUAGAUCAAGUUUUCCUUGUCUCUUAACAGCCAUAUAUUCUGAGAGAGUACAUUGUAGGGGAAUGACAAUACAUAUUAUAAACCAUAUUGAGUCGUGCAUACCACUUGAUUUAGUAGUAGUUUUAGUAGGCAGACGUAACCAAUAGUGCUUAAGAAUUGGGCCUAUACAGUGUAGAGAGAGCGCGGGAGCGGCAGAGAGAUCUGUGACUGACCGACGUAUAUUAUGGAGACGUGUGUUUCAUAUUUUUUUGAUUUUUGACUGUUUUUGUUGCUUUGGUUUGCUUGAUGAAGACACGUGUGAAUAAUGAGGAAAAGACGAUGGGAUACUUAGGUAAAAUAUAGUGUCGGAAAUCCCCUUUUCUUUAAAAAAAAAAUUGGAAAACUAGUGAAAUGUGAAGAUUUCGCAUCUCGAUUGAAGAUUAAGAAUUAAACGUAAUUGUAUACAGGGUUUAUAUUAGAGUCUCUACAGGAAGGUUCUGGCAAAACAGACGGCGAAAAUUUUAGUCGACAAUUUUACGGCCUAGUACGGGUAAGUAAAUAUUAUGAAGGUGUUAAUAUAGAUUAUUGUGGCAUUUAUUGACCCGAUCGACCAACGCUAUGGAUCUUUCGUAAAUGAAUUUUGUCACUGCCAUAUUUACAGUGGUAUGCAUGAAGAAUUUAAGGUUUUGUUUCCCUUCACGUAGUUAAGGCCUGACUGAUUGUGAACGACUGAGACUCAUUGUCUGCCUUUAUUCAUUAUUAAUGCAAAUGGCAAUAUGAUACUACAAUCACUGGCAUUAUUACACCGCUAGAUAGAUGUGUUUCGCUAUGAUACUUGAUAAAGAAAUUACGAGAAAAUGUUUUUUCAUUAAGAGUUAUGCUUUAAUGAGUAAUAAAUAAUAAAUAAAUGAGCACAAAGGUA